AUGAACCACACGAACGAAAAGUCUGGUACCGGGCCACAGCAAAAACCGCUAGUGCGGGCGCCAGUCCCGACUGCCUUCUGGGACCCUUUCCAGUACGGGGACAAGGAACCAACCGAGAAAUGCGUCUCGACCGUGGUGCGACAGAUUGCGGACCUGGAGGACCUCCGGCCCCGAGGAGUGUUCGUCGAGGCCGAGGACGAAGACGUAACCAAGAUCCACGCCCUCAUUCUGGGACCCGUCGACACGCCCUACGAGGGAGGCUUCUUCCACUUUGUGCUUCGUUGUCCAUCGGACUACCCUUCGAGGGCUCCGCUGGUGAGGCUGAUGACCACGGACUCUGGUAGGGUGCGUUUCCACCCGAGCUUAUACGAAAAUGGCAAGGUUUGUCUGGCUCUUCUAGGCACGGACACGGUCGGACCUACUUGGACGCGGUACCACAGCAUCGGAAAAGUGUUGGAUAUUAUCAGGUCGAUGCUGGACAAAGAGAAUCCCAUCGCGGAAGGGUCGGCUUUCGGUGUCCUGCCGGUUGUGGGGACGUGGUUGAACAGUGACAUCUGCUACAACGCUGUCUUGCAGCACGAAACCAUCAGGGUUGCGGUGUGCGAUGCAGUCGAGGAGUGCCUCAAGUGUACUUCCGCUUACCCUAACUCUCUGAGGAACCAAGUGUUGAAACAGUUUCGGAAGUUAUACGGCCAGUACGAGAAAGCGGUCAAGGAUUGGCUGCCCCUGACGGGCUCCUGUAUGAACGACGGAUUUGAUGGUGGCGUCGCUGUGUACCAGUACGACACGCUACUGGCGCGUCUGCGGGACCUGCAUGAGAGGGUGGGCACGGGAAGUGAAUAA